UGGAUAUAAAUGAAUAUAUAAAUGAAAAUUGCGUCUGGUUCCGACGACACCUCUUUUUAAGUUUUGGUUUUGUUUCCUUUGUUGCUUUUCCAGGUUCCAAAACGCAUCUCCUCCACCUCCACCUCCGUCUCCUACUCCUCGCUUCCUCGUCAGGCAAACUUUGAUCCACCGGAGCAAUGAAGAUCACCGCCUUGCUUGUUCUCAAGGCCGCCCCCGAAACCUCGGAUCCAGUGAUCCUCGCAAACGCUUCGGACGUCUCUCACUUUGGCUAUUUCCAGCGAUCUAGCGUCAAGGAGUUCGUCGUCUUCGUGGGCCGCACCGUCGCUAGCCGAACCCCUCCUUCUCAGCGCCAGUCCGUCCAGCACGAAGAGUACAAGGUUCACGCUUACAAUAGGAAUGGCCUUUGCGCGGUGGGAUUCAUGGACGAUCAUUAUCCUGUUCGAAGUGCCUUUUCUCUUCUCAAUCAGGUCAUAGAUGAGUACCAGAAGAGUUUUGGUGAGGCGUGGAGGUCUGCUAAAGAAGACUCCGCUCAGCCCUGGCCUUACUUAGCCGAAGCUCUUACCAAAUUCCAGGACCCGGCAGAGGCUGAUAAGCUGUUGAAAAUCCAGAGGGAGUUGGAUGAGACCAAGAUUAUCCUCCAUAAGACCAUUGAUAGCGUUCUAGCCCGCGGUGAGAAGCUGGACAGCCUAGUGGAGAAGAGCUCUGAUUUGAGCAUGGCAUCGCAGAUGUUCUACAAGCAAGCAAAGAAAACGAAUUCAUGCUGCACUAUUCUGUGAGCUGCGACUCUGGAUGGAUGUCUUUGGGUAUAUAUAGUCAACCAAACUUUUGCUGUGGGGCGAGACUGUUUUCCAUUUUAUAUAAUAUAAUAUUUGAUUCCGUUCUCUCGUUUGCAUGCACUCUUGAAAUUCCAUAUAAGACUCAUGUCGUGUGGCGUGUUAUCCAAAUACAGUUUCAAUUGUCUUUGCUAGAUUAUAUGAUUGCUUUUGUUUAUU